UUUAAUAAAGUGUAUAAUAAUAUAAAGACCAUUGGGUUAAAUGAAUUUUCCAUAGUGAGAUUUUUUGGAAUUUAAAUGGUGUGAUUUAAGUGAAAUUUAUUGUGGGUGUUCCAAAUAUUAAUCGACAAUUCAUUUUUAUUAUUUUGAAUGAUCGAUGAUUACUACACAAAAAGAAGGCAACCAGUAAUUACUAAACGCACACAUAUCAAAAAAAAAUUCCUUACCGAUAUUUUUGGAAGCAAAUAAAAAACCUCCAGAAAACAUAAUCGCUGGCAACACGUUAAAAAUAAACUUCACAAAAAUCCAACUGCAAACAGCCCACAAUAUUUGUGUUACGUGUCAGAGAUCCAACGGACAUUAAUAGUGACGUGAUCUAUCCGACGAAUACAUCGGUGUAUUCGUCACAAUUACUUUCACAUCAUCCGUUGAUGGAACAACGGAGCAUGGAAUCAUUAUCGGAUCCUGGAUUAUGCCUACAAGAUUUGGUAUCUGGUGUAGGUACAACGUCAUCUUCAUCAAAUGAUACACAUGGGGGUGGUGGGGGAGGUGGCAGUAGUGGGGGUGGGGGCGGUUUAUCACAUCACCAUCAUCAUCAUUCUUCGACUGCACAUCACCACAGUCUACACGAUUCUGUUGCGGCUGCCGUGUCUGUUAGUUCUGCAUUAAGUGGUAUUAUGAGUGGUUCGGUAUCUUCAGUACUUGGACAUCAUCAUCACAGUCACAGUCAUCAUGGAAGUAGUCAUGGCGGUCAACAUGAUACAAGCAAUAGUACAUCGUCACAUCAUUCAGCACAUAGUGUGGUGCAUCCUCAUUCGCCAGCCUUGCAUCCUGAACCCUUGGAGAAACUAAAACGUGUGUGGGCAGAAACAGGAGAUUUUCGGGAGAGUGCUCAUUCAAUGUCUGUUGCGACAGCAGCUGUAGCGGCAAUGGCCGCUUCAUCAAAUACAUCAGAUCAUCAUCACAGUCACCAUCACAGUACGUCAUUACAACAUGCUUCCCCCACAUCAGUGUUCGCAUCAUCAGCCGCAGUGGUCGCAUCAGCUCGGAGUAGAACACGUGAUCGAAAAGUCGGCCGAUCACUAACAAUCGAUCCGGUAAAAACUGAAGUGGGUGCAAAUGAUGGUAACGAUGCAGAUGAUGCUAAAAAUGAUAAGAAAAAUAAGCGACAAAGGCGUCAGCGAACACAUUUUACUUCACAGCAACUGCAAGAGUUGGAAGCAACAUUUGCUCGAAAUCGAUAUCCUGAUAUGAGUACACGUGAAGAGAUUGCUAUGUGGACAAAUUUAACAGAGGCACGUGUCCGGGUAUGGUUUAAAAAUCGACGUGCAAAAUGGCGUAAGCGUGAACGCAAUGCAAUGAAUGCCGCUGCAGCAGCUGCCGAAUUUAAAAAUGGUUUUGGGACACAAUUUAAUGGUUUAAUGCAGCCAUUUGCCGAUCCAGAUUUAUACUCAUCAUAUUCAUACAAUCAAUGGGCAAGUAAAGUUCCCAGUCCAUUAGGUACAAAAAGUUUUCCAUGGCCAGUGGUUCCACCAAAUCAUCACCAAAAUCCUGCUGUAAAUUGUUUCAAUGCAGCAGCAACAAGUGUGGCGGCUGCGGCAAGUAUGACAUCAGCUGGUUCAAUGUUAACUGGAACACCUGGUAGUGUUGUACCGGGUGUACAACCAUGUCCAUACACAACACCUACCAAUCCAUACAGCAUGUACCAUCAUCGAACAACAACUGAACCAUGUACGGCCAUGACGUCAAGUAUUGCAUCAUUAAGAUUAAAGGCUAAACAACAUUCAUCAGGGUUUUCUUAUUCCAGUGUGAGUCCAGUUAGUAGAUCAGGAUCAGUGGGUCUAUCUGCGUGCCAAUAUGCUGGAACAACUGUGGGUCCAGAACGGCCUGGCUGAGAUAUCGAGUCCGCCUCCCAUCACGAUGCGGAGGCCAAUGACGAUCAAUGUUUAGAUCAAAGUGGUUAAUAUUCCUGGGGGAUUUCAUUCAAUCGUAGCCAAGCUGUAUCAACUACUCCAGUUUAAUUCAUGUUUUCUGUCUUCAUUCGUGUCGAUAUGAUGUUCGCAGUUUUUAUAUGAAAGACUUUUUUGGAAGACUGCGCAGUAAGAUUUUAUUUUAUUUUCUUUAUUUUUGUCAAAUUUUUC